AUGAGAAUGUCGCAGAAAGGCGAGGUACAAAUUACGAACGCGCCGGUGGACGUGAUAUCGGCCGCCAAGUUUGCCCCAUCCAGCAACCAGUUCCUGCUCGUUUCGUCGUGGGACACCAGCGUGCGGCUGUACGAUGUGACCAGCAACACAUUGCGCCACAAGUUCUUUCACUCUUCGCCCGUUUUGGACUGCUCGUUUCUGGACUCGGUCAAAACGGUAAGCGGUGGACUGGACAAUGGCGUGAAGCUGUACGAUCUGAACACACACAUCGAGAGCAACCUCGGUUCGCACGAUGCAGCGGUCAAGUGCGUGGAGUACUCGUCGAUGGUGAACGGCAUCCUGACCGGCAGCUGGGACCGCACGGUGAAGCUGUGGGACGCCCGGGAGCGGGAGUGUGUCGGGUCGUACGAGCAGAGCGGUGGCAAGGUGUACGCGAUGAGCUGCAUCGAGGAGAAGCUG